CGCCCCGUCGCAUUGCAGCUAACGUUACCCGCGGAAGUUGGGCGGUCGUUGGGGGCCGUCGUUUUCUGGCGUGACAAAAGGGAAAAACGACCACAUUUACUCGCCCCCCUCCUUGAAGGUUUGAUACUGUGCUGCAUCGGCGGAAGAACGCUCGAAGCAAAAUGCGGGAGUGUGGCAUGCUGGAGAGGGACCGGGUAGCUCUGCGGAGUGCUUCUCUCUGCAGGCAGCUGGUGGUGGAUGAGCUUCUCAUUCAGUUUCUGCUUCAGGACAACAUCCUCACCGACAGUAUGGCUGAGGGCAUCCUGGCCGAGCAAACGUCCCAGAAACGAAGCUUGCGUCUGCUGUUGCUCCUUCCCAAGCGAGGGCCGCGUGCCUUCAGCAGCUUCUGCUCGGCGCUCCGAGAAACCGAGCAGCGACACCUGUGCGAGCUGCUCACGCAAUCGCAGGAGAAGGAUGGCAAAGAGGCGCAAGGUUUCCAGCCUGAUGAGGAGCGUGAAGGACGGGCAGGAUGGCAGCUAAUGCAGACAUCAGAGAGGAGGAGAGAGAGAUAUAGCGACUCCUCUCUUCCACUUGCCACUCAGGAAGAAACCGUAGCAAAACGAGCCAGGACGCACGAAUUUAUGGAGUACAGCUUGGAUGCAGAUAGUCCCAUCACCACUCCCGUCCGCCCUUGCACACAUGACCUCUACCUCUCACAAUGCCCCAGGUCCUAUGCAAUGACCUCAUCCCCACGUGGUUUAGCCCUGGUGAUCAGCAAUAUGACGUUUGACCCACCCGACCUGGAACCCAGGAAGGGCGGUGAGGUGGACUACGAUGUGCUCAGCAAGCUUUUCACAGAUCUGGACUACGCGGUGACGCUCCGCAGAGACCUGACGGCUGAGGAAAUGAGAACCUGCAUCGAGAGCUUCCGUCGGCGUCCGGAGCACCGCUCGGUGAACAGCAGCGUGGUUUGUCUCCUCUCCCACGGCGUAGAAGGUGCCGUGUACGGCACAGACGGCCAGCUCCUGCAGCUUCAGUGGGUGUUUGAGGCCUUUGACAACGUGCGCUGCCCACUGCUGCAGAACAAACCAAAGAUGUUUUUCAUCCAGGCCUGCAGAGGAGAGGAGCUGGACUGCGGAGUGGAGCAGGUGGAUGGGCCAGGAAGGAGCAGCUCACCCAGCUGUGAACAGCGGGACGCCGGGCGAGAAGGUCCCAGGGGCGCCGGUGCCAGACAGGGAGGGGACUUAGAACUGCCCAGGAUUAAACUGCCCCAGCGCUCUGACAUGAUAUGCGGCUAUGCCUCUCUCAAAGGUCAGACCAUUUGCACGGCGGCCAUGCGCAACACCAAGCGAGGAUCCUGGUUCAUCCAGGAGCUCAACUCUGCCCUCCGCCUCCACGCCAGAGACACACACAUGGCUGACAUCCUGGUGCAGGUCAACGGGCGGAUCAAAGAGCGCGAGGGUUACGCCCCCGGCAGGCCCCACCAUCGCUGCAAAGAGAUGUCCGAGUUCACCAGCUCGCUGUGCAAAGACCUCUUCCUUUUUCCCAAAUACCAGCCCCAUUCUUUAUAAUGCACUUACACACACACGCACACUAGUGUGUUCACACGUCCCCUCAUUCCAAGCGUAUUACUGUCACACACUUUUGCAUUCCAGCUGACACACACACACACACACACACACACACACACACAGGCUUCCAAACAUUUACUCAUUCGCAAUUUCUGUGUUAAUGCUCCCUCAGCAAAAGUCUGCAUGUUUGACAUCUCACAGCGUUCACAAUUCUGUGUCGAGUGUGUUCAUCCCUCUUCUGGGUAUUAUUGUAAAAUGGUAUUUUCUACACAGAUCUAUUUUUGUUUUGUUUUGUACAAAUGUAUUUUUUAAGGAUUUUGUAAAUUAACCCCCUCGCAUUUUAAUGUAUUUGUUCAGCUUCAGCGUCGGUUGUCAUGUUGCAGUGUACAGUAGUGAAAGGCAGAGGGCAGCAUUGAGCAACGAAGUUGGUGCAGCAUUUUUCUUUUUUUUUCCCCCUUCCUCCUCACCAAAAAGGGUCUCCACCAUUCCAAAAUGUUUCCUAUUCACAUGUCACCUUUUAUUCAGUUGAAUCCAUGGCUUUUACUUGAAGAUGUUUGUGUUGUAAAUAUUUCUCUUUUAACCGUAGCCUCCCACCUUCAGUGUGAACUUUGAACUUUACGCUAACGCUGACACCUAAUCACGCUCCCCUCUGAGGGAGGUGACACGCAUUUAGCGACACCCCUACUCAACCUUUUAGCGUUUAUAUUUUCUGUUAUGUCAUCCCAGUGACCAAUGUACAUCUCGUGUCUUCCAAAAAGUUUCAGGAAAUAUGCAGAUAAAAAAAAAAGCUGGUUAUUAUCACAGUGUAUUGAAGCGCUCCCCCCUUGACUCAGACAUCCAGCAUUUGUCAAUGCUGGAUGUUCAUUGAUGUUUCCCAGAAAAGCCACAACGAGGCAACGUGCGUUUGGUUACAGUGUUGUGGAGAAAGAUACUACGAAGCAGUAUUGAUUUGUCACCAAAGAGGCUUUGAAAGUACUUGCGUGAUCUUCUUGGAUGUUGCGUUGUAACGAUAGUAAAAGAAUGACGAAGAGGUCACCGUGCAGAGAGAGGAUGUGAUUUGCUGCCAAACUCUUGUGCUGGGAUGGGAGGGGGGUUUAUUUCUGUCAUCGCUAAUGACUGCCAAGUCUUCCUGACAAUAAACAAGCUAAUGUUUAUCAACAA